AUGGCCUCCCUCCUGAGCCUCUUUGGCGCUUUGAUAGCUCUGGUUGUCUUUCGCUUUGUUGCAGUAGCUGUAUAUCGAAUUUAUUUCCAUCCCCUCCGUAAAUUCCCGGGCCCCAAACUGUUGGUCGCAACACGCAUUCCAGUCCAUAUUGCCGUUGCAACCGGCGCUCGCGACAAGAUGUAUCAAGAUAUGCACCGUAAAUACGGGCCGAUAGUUCGAAUUGCUCAUAAUGAACUAAGUUUCAUUGAUCCUGGUGCGUGGAAAGAUAUCCACGGCCAUGGCACAAAAGGAACAGCAGGCUCUUUGCCUCAUAAAGACCCGAUACGAUACCCAGAGAGUCUCAAUGGGGCAUUCAAUCUCCUUAAUUCACCAGAUGACGUUCAUACUCGCCAAAGAAAAAUCUUUACUUCAGCCUUCUCGGAUCGCGCUCUAAAACAGCAGGAACCUCUCUUCCUCAGGUACAUUAACCAACUUGUAAGCGUGCUGAAAAAAGGCGUACAAGAAAAUCCAGAAACAAAAUUCGAUCUCGUCCGGCUCUUCAACUUUACCACCUUCGAUGUUAUGGGCGAUUUGACGUUUGGCGAGCCCCUCCAUAUGCUCGACAACGCCGAAUACGAUCCGUGGGUCAGUAACAUUUUUGGAGCCCUCAAGCUCUCAAGUAUCCUGACCCUAAUGCGGUUCUACCCAUUGCUAUGGAAACUAUUCACAAUAUUCGCACCAGCUUCCAUCUCCAAGAAACGCAUGGACCAUUUCAACCACUCCACCACACGUGUCACAAAACGCCUCGAAAAAGGCCGUGAUAGCCAAGGUGUUGAUCUCUGGGACCUGGUACUGAGCCAGAAGGAAGGCAAGGGUCUAACACGACCAGAAAUGGACUCAAACGCGUCCGUCUUCAUGAUUGCAGGCACGGAAACUACGGCAACCCUCUUAUCAGGCCUGACAUACCUGCUCCUCCGCAACCCUGAAUGCAUGGCAAAAUUGUCUCAGGAGAUACGCAACGAAUUUGAGAGCACAGACGACAUGACCAUGGAACGCCUCGCUGCUCUACCUUACUUCGCUGCUUGCAUCAAAGAAGCUUUUCGUAUUUACCCACCAGUUCCUCUCACGUUACCUCGUCGCACACCCGCAGACGGAACCACCAUCUGUGGCAGAUUUGUGCCUCCUCAUACCACUGUGGGCAUUCCACAACAUGCCAUGUACAUGAGCGAGUGCAACUUCAAGCGCCCGACGGAGUUUCUGCCCCAACGGUGGCUGGGUGACCCGGAGUUUGACAGCGAUGAGAAGGCGUGCCUUCAGCCUUUUUCGAUUGGGUCGAGGGAUUGUGUUGGGAAGAAUAUGGCAUACCAUGAGAUCCGGCUCCUUGCUGCAAAAACUUACUAUCACUUUGACAUCGAGCUUUGCGAUGAGAGCAAGAACUGGAUCGAUCAGGCGACAUAUAUUUUGUGGGAGAAGUCACCGCUUUUGUGCAAGAUGAGGCCGGUGAGGUAA